AGGUCGGUGGCGGCGGUCUUGCGGUUUGGCCCCGGGCUAGGGUGGGCGAUAGGCUGUGGGGGAGCGUGGGGGCCCAGGCAGCGGAGGGGGUGCCCGGCACCCUUCUAUGCGGGUCAGGCUUUGUGGGGUGGCUUGGCAGGGUGCAUUGGGUCGGGGUUGGGAGCCUGGACUGGGGUUCAGGAGGGGAAUCGGCCUGUGGAAGAGGAGCCUGCUGCCGGCCCGAGCUAUCAGACGAGGCAUAGGGGGAAAAGGCAAGGACGUGUUCCCUGGGAUAAGUUUGAUUUAAUAGGGACGCAGAGAUGCAGAUCUUUGUGAAGACCCUGACGGGCAAGACCAUCACCCUUGAGGUCGAGCCCAGUGAUACCAUUGAGAAUGUCAAAGCUAAAAUCCAGGAUAAGGAGGGCAUCCCACCUGACCAGCAGCGUCUGAUUUUUGCUGGCAAACAGCUGGAGGAUGGCCGCACUCUCUCAGACUACAAUAUCCAGAAAGAGUCCACCCUGCACUUGGUGCUUCGUCUGCGAGGUGGCAUCAUCGAGCCCUCCCUCCGCCAGCUCGCUCAGAAAUACAACUGCGACAAGAUGAUCUGCCGCAAGUGUUAUGCUCGCCUGCAUCCCCGCGCGGUGAACUGCCGCAAGAAGAAGUGUGGCCACACCAACAACCUGCGCCCCAAGAAGAAGGUCAAAUAAGACCUUUCCACCAGCUUCUCCUUUGUCUGCAGGGCAGCCUCCUGCCCAAGCCCCAUGGCCCUGGGGCCUCAAUAAAGUUUCCCUUUCGUUGACUGGAGCAGUAA